AUGUUCUCAAUCUUGUACGUCUACGGUAGCUUACUGACGGCGGCCUACUUCUCCACCGUCAUCUUAAUCUUCUUCGGUCUAAGGUUAGUUGUGGUCAUGAGAUCUCUGUGUUUUAUCACCCUAUUAAUCAGUUGGGGAACCAUACCGCACCGCUACUUGCACGUGGUUUCGCUCAUUCAACGAUUCUUUCCGUUUCCCCGGCCUGAAAACAAUGGGACCGAAACAGAGAACGAGGAACUAGAAGUGAGAGAAAAAGUGGUUUUUCCCGUGACUCAAUGACUCAUUUUUCAGGAUGAGAAAACAAACGAUCAGAUCGCUGAGGACGAAGUGAAAACGAUUAUUGACGUUGGUCGGCAGAAGGACUUUGACAGACAAUUAGUGAUUUCAGACCAAUCUAGGACCAUGUUUCAGUACUGCCCCAACUAUCAGACAGACUUUGCUGGGAUUGAUGCCCGAGAAACACUGGACAUCUGCCCAGAAAUUGGUGUUCUAUCUGGGACUAGCAUUCAGGUUAGCCGCAGAAUCACAAUUUUUCAGGAAAAUGCUUCAAAAACAUCUAGGAAAAGUCGCAAAUGCUCUGAGCAUUCCCAAAAAUAAGUUUUUAGGGUUUCUUUCCUGAUGCCGGUCCGCAUUUCACUUCUGCUCACGUCAUUCGCAUUCGUGGCCCUGGCCGGUCUUCAAACUGCCUUCAGAGUAUGUUAUUUACAGAAAUACCGUUGUUACAGACAUAAUUACAGACACUCUCGGAUCGUGAGAAGACUUGGGUUGCCAUCGUGUACUGUCGAUUGUUUUGCAGCAGCAUGGGACUUGUAGCUAGUUAUAGAAACUCCGAAAACCGACCAAAGAAGCCUGGUAAGAAACUGAGAAGCAACAUCCGAAUCUCGUCUGUGAUUCCUUGAAGGAGUCGCUGUCUCCAAUCACCUGACCCCCAACGACAUUCAAAUUCUGUUCGCUGGAACGCCACAUGGAAGCACAUACGGAUAUGUGGUUACUGGUCAAAAACACAAAGGCAUCAUUGGUACCAGAUGAAAAAAGAGCUCUUUUCUCACUAACAAUGUUUGUUUAGGAGUCAUUGAACAUUUGGUUGAAAAGCUGUGCCCCUCGCUUUGGUUGGAGCGGAAAUGCAGUAAUGAACGACAAGGAUUCUUGGCUGAAGUGAUGAAAAUUGCGAGAAGGGAAGGGCCAGUACUCCUGUUCCCAGAAGGAUAUUGCUCCAAUAACAGCCAGGUCCUUCAGUUCAGAAAAGCCAUCUUCGAGGAGAAUGUCAAUAUCUACCCCGUUGCGAUUAAGUCAGUCAACACUCAAAUGUUCGUUUGAUAUAUUGUUGGAUUUAAGGCAAUCUCCGGAAUUUGGCGAUGGAUUCUGGUACGAAGACGAAUUCUUGCAGUACCUGAUUAGAGUGAUGCUCAACUGGGCAGUUGUGUACGACAUUCAAUACCUUCGUGAGUUUUCAACAUUUUCAAUCCAUUCACAAACAUUUUCCUUGUUUUUAGCUAUGGAAACGAGAAAAGAGUCGGAGAAUAACACGAUGUUCGCAGCAAGAAUUCAGCAGAUUAUCGCUCAAGCCGCCGAAAUUCCCGCUUGCGAAUACGGCGGAAGUCUCUGGUAUAAGUGAGUGCUUAUUGACGAGAAGAGAUUGGAAAACGGAAGACAUUCUCAUUACAGACAGGAAGAGAGAAUCAAGCUAAAGGAGGCCUUGAGAGCACGUAAAGACGCUGAGCAGGCUGAGGAGGGGAUGACGGACGGAUGCAAUGAAAAAGAUAUUAUUGAGAACUUGGAAGCCGCCAUCGAAUCCCAGUGCCACAAGUUGAUCAGCGUUGUAAGCUGAAAUACUGGUCUUAUCCGUUUUUGAAACAUCACAUGUAAUUGAUUUGGUGCCUUCAUUUUCUUUUCUUUUCUGAAGACAUCAUUUUUGCCACUCCUACUUCACUUGUUCAAAUAUUGAAGCUUUUUUUAACAUGAAGAAAAAUUGAAAUUUUGUCUGGUUCCCAAGCAUAUGCAUCUUGCCCACUCGAGGACAAGAAGAACGCCAACAGAAUGAUUGGAUUGGAUGGAAACGAUAAGCCCAUUAUUGAAAACAUCGUGCCGACUCGUUGCCCAUCUUUUCACUAUGUAUAGUCGCUUCGUCGAGUGGAAGAAGCAAGAAAAAGGAACAAUCUUGUUGUGUUCCUCCUCUUUCCUCUUCAUUCUGGUGUCGGGCCAGUCGGGAUAUUAUCCAACCACCAAACUUUUUUCUCGGUUUUGUUCAAAUGUUUGUUUGUCCCAAUCCCGUCCCGUUGUUUCGGUUUUUCAUCGAUUCGCUCUCGAAUGUGACUCACAUAAACCCGGUGUUUUGUUCAGUUUCUUCACCUGCCGUUUAGCAGCGACUUUUCAGUAAUUCUCGUUUUUCUCUCGAAGAAUUGUCCAGACAAUUAUCUCUAAUUCUCUAAUUCCGAUUCCCGCCGGGACAAUUCACUUUCUGAAGAAUGCUUAUUAGACAAUAUUAUGUUGUGUAUCAAUUGAAUCAUGAAUGGGUCCCUCUCUGCUCUUUCACUCUUUCAUUUGUUGUUUUCACUUUUCACUCGCGUCGACACAUAUACGUACAUUGCCUGAUUUGUAUAAAACAUUCGGAAGAAGAGGCGACAACGAGUUCGAUGUGACGAUUGCUUUUACGUUUACGCGCGUAUCGAUAUAAUCCGUCGGCCGGUAAGUCUUGUGCCAACAUUUCCGUCGUUCCUCUCAAUUUCUGCAGAAAAUCAAUAUCAGUUAUGUAUGUUCGGUUUCCGCGCGGGAGAACACAAACAGACGAACACCAUAUAUCCGCCCGCAACAGUUAUUCCAAUCAACUUGCCUCUCUUAUUCUAACUUUUAUAAUUGUUUGAACAGCACUAGCGGAGGUGACAGCGGGCAGAAGUAGCAGUUGUGGAGAGGAGUAUGAAAACAGUGCAAUUGCGCCCCGCUGGACACUGGCCCGGGUUAUGAGGGAGAGAGAUGCGGAGAGUACUCGACACAUACCUUCACACCAAUCGCCCACUCUCUUUCUCCCUCGGCAUUCCGGCCCAAAACUUCCUUUUUUCCACUGAUCUUCACUCGUUUUCUUUUUUUUCUUUGUGAUAUUCUUAUUAAUCUUUAACUUUCCAAGUUUCAGACGAUCUGUAUAAAUUCUGAUAUCAAGCGCCCAUGUAGCACUUUAUGUACAAAAAUGUAAGUGAUUCUCUGCUGUAAAAAGUUUUCAAAUCGACUAUUCAGGGGUCACUCACAUAGCACCGGGAAGGAAAUUAACGAUAAUGAACUGUUUCAAUGUGGUAAGUCUGUUUUUUUCUCAAAAUACUGCGAAAUUAGGCGGAAAUUUCCAAAAACCGUUUUUAUUGUGAGACUAACGAACAAGAUGAGGGGGAAAUUCGAUUCCAACUUUUUGCACUCUCGCAAAACCUGACCGUUCGUGUUGCCUCCAAUUGCUUUCCAUCAAUUGUCAUGAUGAAACACAUUUGAAUGUUCUCUCCACAAUAGGGCGUGCGGAUGACAGAUCCAGAAACCAAAUGCUUUAUGUGGUUUCUCUGAUCCUCCACGCGUUCGUCCCCUUCAUUCAAUGCAGAUAUCGGAGGGAGAGGGUGAAACAACGAGUGAGAGGGUCUUCCUCAGUAGCACCAAGGGGAGAGGGAUUACAGAAAAAGAGGGAGGACAUAGUAAUGGCUGGUAUGGCGGAUAGUAAGAGAGUACGAGAGAGAGAGACGCAGCCGGGCCAAGAGGUCACAUCCCUCGAAUGCCCACUCCUCGGUCCCUAGUUUCCAAGGAGGACAUUAUAUAUGUAUAGACGAUCCGAAUCUCUUCCGAUCAUCUAGAAUAAUUGGAUGAUUUUUUUUGUGAACUGUGUACUACAAAAUUGUGGGGAAAAACGGUUAAGCCUUAUUGAAGAUAAAGGAUCCAGUUCCUAAGAAUCUGUUUUUCGGCUUUCGUUGCCGCCCUCCCCCUUCCUCCGAAAACCCAUUCCGCUUUCCAACUUGUUAUUCCAAUUCAAUAGGUUUCAAUGCCAUAUUGGCAGUUAUAAAUGCUCAUAUCGUCUCAUAUCCCUCUUCUUCCCUCCUUUUCUUUUUUCAAUGAAUUUCGAUAUUGGUACCUUAUGCGGUCAAUUCGGGCCGUCAGCAAAGCAGCUGGACUAGUACACAGCCAGACGUCCGCCAAUUAGAAAAUGUGCUCCCGGCCACUUUCCCUAUUGUGGACGGGUGUGGGCCACACGUUCUUCUUCCUUUUUAUGAUGGAUUUGGUGCGACACAUAGGGACGGCCGGCAUAAACAUCUCUCAAUUCUGCCGUUUUACAAUUCCCAGGUCGGGUCGUUCGGGUACGGACUGAGCGAUUACUUUUUUGUAUGCAUCUCCCGAUACUCGAAGGUAUAAUAAGCUACUUAUGGAAAGUACUUGGGUCAAGUAACACUGACUCUCUUCAACCCAACCCUUCUCUUUUUCCAUUUUCCCUCCAUCUUUCUUCAUCUUCUUUCUUCAUCUCAAUUUCGUAUUGUUGUUUUGUUUUGUUUUGUUUUCGAAGUGGUGACUCGUCUGUAUUCUUUGGAUUAGUCAUGAUGCUUCUUCUCCUUCUUCUUCCUCUCUUCUGAGCCGAUGUAAUUCGAUAGGCUGGGUUUACAAUUGGAUUUCGGGCAAAUUGGUGCUAAUGGAAGAAGUCAGAAAGCUUGAGAAAUAUUCCGAUUCCGAGUGUGUCUGCUUUUGUAUAACUUGUUAAUGAGAAUUGAAAAUAAGGCUGUUAGGUCUGAAGAAAAGAAAGUACUUUUUUUGUUUUUGACAGCCUUCCGUGCUAUUUCAAAAGAGAAACUUGUCCGAACAGACAUCAGGCUCUUGCUUUCCUUUCUUUUCCUGUGGACCCUAUUUUGUCAUGCCAUUCAUUCCGAGAGGGCCACCCCGCUGUUUCGCAAUACUCCACUUUUCCCAAGACGAUGCGUCACCACUUGCCAUCUGACCAUUCGGUCAACACAGUUCGGAUUAUUCAUUCGCAUUUCGUUAACCGUUUGGCUUGAAAAAUUCAUACCAGCGCCGCCAAUUUAUUUUGUUCUUUCUCAACACUUCUCUUCUCUUCUCUCAUUAUCUGUUUCACCCCUCCUCCCGAGUGUGUUUGUAGAUCAUUGAGUCGAAAAAGAAAGACAAACCGUAAAAUAGUGAGUCGAUCGCGCAGGAAAAGGUGGGCUCCAAGAAGGAAAAAGGCAAACGAUGAGAGGGUGAAAGAAAGAGACUUUUGCUCCCUGACAAGAGCCACGCGGGAGAAAUAGGAAUAGGCGAGGCCGACCUGUGAGGGGAAACGGGGAAGCAAGCGAGGGUUAGCGUUUGGGUGUGGUAAGCUGAUGUCGAAUCGGCCUGCUUACCGUGUGCUAUUUCGUUUACCCUCUCUCUCCUCAGACUGUCAAUAUGGAGGAAGCCCCCCCCCCCCCUACGCUCUUUUUCCACCGAAAUACCGGUCGUCUGCUGCUCACUUGUAGCUCCGUGUGUUCGGCCGCCUACCAGUUCACAAAAAAAACGCCUGUGCACUUUGGUUUCGGUUAAUUUAAGAUCUUUUCCUCCUCGUCGACACACUCUCCAUUCUCAUUAGUUUUUCGAGACACUACUCACUACGGCUCUCUUUCCAUUAACAUUCACGUUACGCAAGUUUUGUUUAUUUACAUUUUACAUCUGCCCUUGAAUGGGAUAUGUCCCCGAGAGCAACUCGGACAACACUCCUCCCUCCGACCCCCGACCCUUUCUUUCUUGGAAGUUGGCUGUUGCCCACAGAAUUAGCGUCAUUUUCCUCUUUUCGACUUGGGAUUGGUGUUGUUUUCACCCCAGGUCGCCUCAUUUCCAUAUUCUUUCUUUUUUCUUUUCUUUUCCUAGUAUACUUUGUGAAUGCAUCAGUCGUCCGAGUGUUUCAGUUCUUCCCGCACUCUCCAGAAACUUUACGGUCGUUAACCGUUAUCACAAACAUUUUCCCUCUUUUUCUCUGUCAAACGUGACGGCACUGAUAACUAGAAUAGCUCACCAACAUGAUCUUUACUGCAACAUUAACACUAUUUUUGUUUUCAGAAGACACUGUGUUCGAUCAGCCGGUGGCGAGUCCGAAAUCGGAGAUUUCGAACAAGCUAGCCGAAGAAAUAGAGCGGAGUAAGAGUCCAGCGACAAUCGAGGUAUGACCUUCUUUCACCUUCUUGAAACACUCUUGGUCGCGAGAAUCAAUACUUGCAAUUCACUGAUCAUUUUGACACCUAGAUGAGAAAAAACUUGAUUUUGAUGGUUUUUUCAAUCUAUGAUUGACUAGACGAGUAUUCGACACAUUUGACAACUCUAAAUCGAUUUUCAACCUGUAAAAUAAAAAUUUUACUGAAAUUACAGUGAUUCUAUUAUAUAAAGCCAUGAUACAAACGAUCACCCCCCGGAUUUACUGUUUUUAGAUGUAUCGACCGCAGGCGACGUUUGACACUUUUCGACCGUCCAAUAGUGACAGCUCGACUUUCCGUGGCAGCCAAAGCAGGUAUGUUUGUUUUUGCUAUUUUGUGUUCAUUUUCGUCCCCCCGUUCCUCUUUGCGUCGUCGAACUCGACAGGAGGGAAAUUGGACGAACGAAUCAUCUUUCACAUUCCUUCUUCAGCUUCAGCUUCCUUUUUAGUCAACAAUUCUGUUCCAGCGUUUUCGUUGUUUCGUAAAAUGUGUGAAACUAGACGUUUUUUAGUCGGUGGUGGUGGUGGUGUUAAGCAAAAAAGUGGGUAGAAUAUGAGCGAUUUCCCACACAUGCGAAUAGGUCCACUUCAAAUAUUCGCACUCUCUUCCCCAGACCCCACUAUUUUGAUGAUACUCGAAGAAGCAGGGUGUCGGGGGGCCGUCCACUCCGCUCUCUUCUUCUCCGAGGACAUUGGCGGAGCAGAAUUAAUUGGAGUUCAAUCUAAUCGUUUCGCAUUGCAUUCGGCACUGCUCGCGGCUCUCGGAGGGGUGAACGAGGGGCUUCAGGCCAGGCCGUCGGUCCUCCCGUUGUUGCCUCAGCUCACGGUGCUUCCCUUUGCCUAUUUGAUGGAGCUCACCGUGUGUGGGCUCUCUAUUGUCUUUCCCUUUCCCGGCCGUUCUCUUUUCCUCUCAGCUCUCUCUCGAUUUCACAUUGUGCACAACCAAUCGCCACUUUGCUCUUUCUCUUUUCCGGUGCACCAAAUAUGCCAACAGACAGUCUUUCUUCUGCCCGUCAGCGCGACCACCGAGAUUAGUUCGUCUCCUGCCCCGAAACGUUAGCUAUUUUUCAAGAGGUCACUGUUUUUUCUUUCUUUCUUUCUGUUCGCUUCUUGUCGAAAUGCAACUGUUUUCUUUUCCUUUGGUUCUUCAAAAAACAGGUCCAAUUGUCUGAACUUUUCUCAAGUUGUUGACGUCGUUUUCAAAAUAUUUGAUUAUAGGCUCAUUUGAUUAUCGAUAAUCCCUGUGAAGAGAAAAAAAACUGGGCAGCGGUAAUUUUCACUAUUUUUUAGCGAACAACAACAGCUUUUCCUUCUCACAAAUUAUGGGCACUAGCCCUAUUUUGAAAUGUAUGCAAAUUCUGCAACUUUUAUUCAUGUAAAUUCUGACGCUCUCACUCACUCACUUUACACAUUCUGAACUGUGUUGCUGUUAUACUUUGCAGAGAUUUUGGACCUAGUGUUGCAAGCCUGGUACUUUGUCGGUAUCCUUAGACCCCUGAAACAUCUUCUAAAACACAUCUCUGACUUCCGAUGGCAUGCGCGAGAAAAAGAGAGGCUUAGACUGCUUGUCGUCAUUUCUGCCGCAAUUAUUCCGUGCGACGUUCUCUCUCCCAAACUUGAACAGGGGCGGCAAUUUCCGAAAACGAUGAUUGAAGUGACCUUGAAUGCGCAUAUGCGAAGUGAACCUCGAAUGAUGAGACGCUUUGCAAUAAUAGAUAAACGCGACGGGUGAGAGCGUGGCAAUUUGUGUAGUACCUGCAAUUUCACGGAUUGGGAAGCGUAUGCAUUACAUUACUAAGAAAGAAAGAGAGAGAGAGAGUGAGGGAACGAGGGACCCGUGAAGAUUUAUUUUUAUUUCAAAACGCGCCCAUCAACGUGCUCCUCUCUAUUUUCCAACCUUCUCAUAAUCAGAUAGCCGCCUGCCAAGUGUUAAUCUAUCUGUCGCUCGACCGCUGGAACAGCCGGUGCCGCUGAGGGGGCCUCCGACUCCGAUCAUCAUUCAUAUAGCCCGCAUCACUCAUUCUCACACAAUACACCACCAGCCGUCUUCUUGCUCCGUGUGGUGUGCGCGCGCACGCGGAUGCAUUUCAAUCAGUUGUUGGCACGUCCAUUCUUCCGCUCAACGCUUCCUCACCGAUCUCUCCCUCUCGAACGAUGAUCAUGAAUCCGUGCUUCCGAGAACGGUCGCAGAAGCGCACGAAGAAGCGGUCGAAAGACAGAGCCAAGUCGCGGAGCACCAUGUACUUGGCCAAGGUCGGUGAUUCAUCACUUGCCAUGUCACGGAGUCUACCAUCUGUCGCAUUACCGAUGCAUUAUUUGCAUCACAAACUUGCCGAAAGCAUCUGUUUCAUCACUGCCACUAUAGACUCAUUGUAAGUGAAUACCCCCACGAAUUGUCGGGAAAUCAAACUUGUUUGACUUGUGAAUAUUUAUCAUUUUACACUUCUCAGAUUAGGUUUUUGGUUUUUCCCCCUGUCUGGAGAAAUUCCCUGUAACCACAUUGUACACACGACGCUGAAACGAUUUGUGUGUGUGUGUGGCGUUUGCUAGGAAUAGACUUUAUAUUGAAACGGAAAGUUUCAGCUGUUCAUUUUAUUAUCCUUUGAAGAAGCGCCGUCCGUCUUCCGUCAGUCAUUUUUCAUUGAGUGUGGCCUAAUAAUUCUUCGUUUUUCGAUUUCCCCCCACUCGCAGCAAUCUCUGUCAUUUUAUCCCUAUUACGCUCACUUGACUUGCCAUCCUUCUACAUGAAUAGUCAGUUAAACCUGCCUGCCUAGUUCGGAUUUGGAUUCGGAUACGGUUGAAGAACACUGACAGUUGCCAACAUGUAUGAUGCUUCGUCGCGUCUGGAGUGUCUCUUCGUUUUUGUCUGUACCGGCGGGUUUCAUAAAAAUGCCAUUAUUAUGGCCGAGUGGACAUCCGAAGCGAAAGUGAACAGAAUUUUUGAUGAUGUGUCGUCACAACUACUUACUCUAACUGACUACCAAAUGUGAAUUCAUGUCCACAUUCCUACUCGAACAUUUUCCAUUUUUGGAACUCACAAAUGUAUACAAUUUUUCAGAGAGGACCUGGUAGCAUGUAGCUCGAUGAAUUCGGUGAACAACGUGGCCGACAUGAACACAGUAUCCUCUUCCUCAUCCUCAUCAACCCCUCUCUUCGUCGCACUCUACGACUUUCAUGGUGUUGGCGAGGAGCAGCUUUCCUUACGAAAAGGAGACCAGGUUAGUACGUUAUCAUAAAUCAAAUGCCAGUCACGGAAAAGAUAUCUCCCCCCGCCGUGUCAGCUUGCCGCGAGCACAACAUCCUCAUGUCACUUGGUCAAACAGCAAGUUUUUGCAGGUGCGAAUACUGGGCUACAACAAGAACAACGAGUGGUGCGAAGCACGGUUAUAUUCGACGAGGAAGAACGACGCGAGCAGUCAGCGUCGGUUAGGCGAGAUCGGAUGGGUCCCGAGCAACUUCAUAGCGCCUUAUAACUCUUUGGAUAAGUAUACGUGGUAUCAUGGCAAGAUCUCGCGCAGUGAUUCGGAAGCAAUCUUGGGCAGCGGCAUCACGGGAUCAUUCCUGGUUCGGGAAAGUGAGACCAGUCUGGGACAAUACACAAUAUCCGUGAGACACGAUGGCCGUGUGUUUCAUUACCGGAUAAACGUGGAUAACACGGAGAGGGUGAGUUCAUGUACUUGAUCGCAUUGAUCAGCUUGUGAUGUUCAGCGCACUCAACUAACUCAAUGUGUGCAAACAAAAAGCGUUUUCCAGAUGUUCAUCACGCAAGAAGUGAAGUUUCGCACACUCGGGGAACUUGUGCAUCACCACAGUGUUCACGCCGACGGAUUGAUAUGUCUUCUGAUGUAUCCGGCGAGCAAGAAGGAUAAAACACGUGGAUUGUUCUCUCUGUCUCCGAAUGCACCCGACGAGUGGGAACUGGAUAGAUCCGAGAUCAUCAUGCACAACAAAUUGGGUGGAGGGCAGUACGGCGAUGUGUACGAAGGCUACUGGAAACGACAUGAUUGCACAAUAGCGGUAAAAGCUUUGAAAGAAGAUGCGAUGCCACUUCAUGAGUUCCUUGCUGAAGCUGCGAUUAUGAAGGAUUUACAUCAUAAGUGAGUUGGUUAUCAAAAAGAUCAUAAAAACUGAUUACUUAGCGUUAAAUUUCAAAUAUACUAAACUCCUUUCAGAAAUCUCGUCCGACUGCUCGGCGUUUGCACUCACGAAGCGCCGUUCUACAUCAUCACAGAGUUUAUGUGCAAUGGAAAUCUGCUCGAGUACUUGAGGUGCGUUUUGCUCUUCCACGAAUUGCUUUUUAAUGAUUUUUUGAUUUGAGACGGACCGAUAAAACCUUACUGCCACCAAUCAUCCUCGUCCAAAUGGCCAGUCAAAUCGCAUCUGGAAUGUCGUACCUGGAAGCGAGACACUUCAUUCACAGAGAUUUGGCUGCAAGAAACUGCCUCGUCUCGGAUCACAAUGUCGUCAAAAUUGCUGACUUUGGGCUGGCGCGAUUCAUGAAGGAAGACACGUACACAGCGCACGCCGGUGCCAAAUUUCCAAUCAAAUGGACAGCUCCAGAAGGAUUGGCUUUCAAUACGUUCAGCUCGAAAUCGGAUGUCUGGGCUUUCGGAGUUCUUCUCUGGGAGAUAGCGACUUAUGGAAUGGCUCCGUAUCCAGGAGUGGAAUUAUCAAAUGUGUACGGGCUCUUGGAAAACGGGUUCCGAAUGGAUGGCCCACAAGGAUGUCCGGCAUCGGUGUACAGGCUCAUGUUGCAAUGUUGGAACUGGUCGCCAUCGGAUCGGCCGCGGUUCAGAGACAUUCACUACAAUCUGGAGACGCUUAUUGCAAACAAUUCACUCAAUGAUGAAGUUAGCAAGCAGUUAAAGAAGGGCAGUGAGAAAAAGUUGGAAACCGACAGGAGGAGAUCCCAUAUCAGGGAAAGAAGCGACUCGAAAUCUCGACACUCCCACCACGAUCGUGACCGCGACAGAGAAUCACUCCACUCGAGGAACUCGAACCCGGAAAUCCAAAACAAGAACUACGUGAGGAACGAUGAUGGAGGUGUCACUGUAUUUUUCAAUCAACCCGCCAGCAAAGUGACUUCUUUCCGAUCGCAAGUUCCAUUCCCAGCUCCACCACAACAGAGCACCAAGCCAAAGUUGCUGAAGUCAGUCCUCAAUAGCAAUGCUCGUCAUGCAUCGGAAGAAUUCGAAAGGAAUGAGCACGACGAAAUUAUCCCAUUGGCCGAGAAGAAUGUUCGGAAAGCAGUAACAAGGCUAGGUGGAACAAUGCCAAAAGGACAGCGCAUCGAUGCGUAUCUGGACUCUAUGAGAAGAGUUGAGAGCUGGAAAGGUACGUAUAUUGUCUCCGCACCCAAAACUAUAAAAAUGUUAAGUUCCAGAAAGCACUGAUGCCGACAACGAAGGCGCAGGAUCAUCUUCUUUGAGCAGAACAGUGUCUAACGACUCUCUCGACACCUUGCCUCUUCCGGAUUCUAUGAACUCGAGUACUUACGGGAAGAUGAAUCCGGCAAACGGCGAGAACGCUUUUCUUCGUCAAAUUCGUUCGAAAUUAAAGAAGCGUAGCGAAACUCCUGAGCUGGAUCAUAUUGACUCCGACACCGCUGAUGGUGAGAAAUAAAUGUUUAACUUCAUUACCAUCAAGAUUUUUUUCAGAAUCGGCUACCAAAUCCGACAAAUCACCAUUUGGAUCGCUCAGCAAGCAAAGUACCAAGUAUCCGGUGAGAAACGGAGCCGACUUCCAUGAGCAUCAGUCGAGAGCCAGUCCGGUCCCAAUCCCUCCAUCCCGAAAUGCGUCUGUCAGUGUGAAAGGAGACCAAAAGGCGGAAGAUUCUUCGGACGAAACAACAAAAGAUGUCGGCAUGUGGGGUCCAAAACAUGCAGUGACCCGGAAGAUUGAAGUUGUUAAGGUAUGUUGAUUCGAUAAAACAAAACAAUUGCUAUUUGCACACACAUUUUCUGUUGUUUUAGAAUGACUCGCAUUCGAAUGUGGAGGGAGAGCUGAAAGCAAAGAUUCGCAACUUGCGUCAUGUUCCAAAAGAGGAGAACAACACAAGUCUGGAGGAUUCACAAUUGGACGCUACAGACACGACGAAUGAUAGUCCGAUUGUGAUGACAAAGGACGGAAACGAGAAGGCGAAAGUGAGACAAUUGGUGACACAGAAGGUGUUCCCGCUCCAACAUCAUCGUCCGUUCUCCCUACAAUGUCCGAAUAACUCGACCAGCUCGGCUAUUUCACAUUCUGAACACGCUGACAGCUCAGAAACAUCUUCUCUUUCCGGAAUCAACGACGAGAAAAUAAAACCACUGGAGUUACAGAGGAAGAGAAGCGACGGAGAGAAGGUUCUUUUUAUCCUGCUGGAUGUAACUAUGUUUCAUUUUCAGAUUGUUCCGGUGACAUGGCUCAUCAACGGCGAGAAGGAGAGCAAUGGAAUGUCCCGUACCAAGUCCCUCCGCGACAUCACCACCAAGUUCGAACAGCUCGGAACCCCGUCGGUCACUGAAAGUAAGAUAGAAGGUGUGUAUGUUUUCUGUUUUUGGUCCCAACCCCAGUAUCUCGUUUCCUCUCACACGCUACCCGUGGGCGAUUGAACUUGUCAAUCUAACCAAGAGCCUACUACUGCUAAUGAGCAAACUGAGAACCUUAACGCCUUCGUUAUGACAUGUGCAAUCGGAUACGAGCGCUUGGCUCGUUUUGCGCGUGAUUCGUUUGUGUGCUUGCCUUCAAAUAAGCGCCAAUUCGACACGUACUGCGAGUGAUGAAAUAGUCGACGCGGUAACAGGAAUAUGACCUUUCAUUGUUCUUUCAGAAGCUCCAUAUCGAGAACAUGCGGUCGAGAAAAAGAGUUCCAAGCGAUUCUCGAUGAUGGAAACUAACAACGAGUUGAAGCACGUGGUUCCUCCGAGAAGGAAUAAAAACACCGAAGAGGCGGGUUCCCUGGAGGAAGAGACUGUUAGCAAGGUACAGUAGUCACGGUCCCCGAACAGAAAUUUCAUGUCAACGUCACUAACUUCCCAAACAUCUCUCAAAAUCCACUUCUCUCACAACAAUCCACUUUAUGAUAGUACACUCUCGAAAUAGCUGCUCAGCAUACUUUUUUUUAUUGACGAAAGCCAUUAGUCAGAAUGUGUUUUGUACGAAAACGAUUGAGUGGGCGCACACAAAAGUCAGAAGACGUCAAACACAAAUAGUCCCAGAGUAAAAAACUUCCGGUCCGCUCAGAAAUGAUCAGAGUCAGGUGAUGAUGAUCGAAGAACACACCAGCUGACACCACUCAACCAACAGAACUUUCUCGUUUUUCAGGAUAUGAUUGUUUCUCUGCUCGGAGUGAUUCAAAAGGAUUUCGUAAAUCUGCCAACUUUGGGAAGUAAUGAGUUAACAGACGAAAAAUUGCAGCAGUUUGUAAUGUAAGUUACAAAAUACAAUGGUGCGGGGUGAGAAUAUUAUGUGUUCAGUUUGGCUGACAAUGUACAAAAACUUCACUCGACGUGUUCCGUCUACGCUGAACAAAUCUCACCGCACAGCAAAUUCCGGUUCAAGUAAGAAUCCGAAAUGAUUUCAACCGAUCCUCAACCGUCCUGUUUCAGAGAACUUCUAUCGCAGCUCGAAAUGUAUAACCGGCAGAUCAAGUUCUCGCACAAUCCAAAAGCAAAGCCCAUCGACGGAAAGUUGAUGAUGGCGUUCCAAGACUGUUUCGACCAAAUCAUGCGUCUGGUAGACCGAUAA